ACUCUCCUGGAUACUUCUUAAAUCCAUCGGCUGAUCUUUUGUAAACCCUCCUAAGUUAAUGAAUUAAUUUCAUUAUUGGUAAGAAAAGAAAAAACAGUAUCCUCUCUUCACUCUGGUCUUUCUUUUCGCAUCAAUUUUAUCUCUGUUCUGCAAAUCAAUUCAAUGAGCUGGUGGUGGGCAGGAGCCAUUGGAGCAGCAAAGAAAAGAGUUGAAGAUGAUGAUCCACAACCCAAGUACCAGAGCGUGGCACUCAUUAUUGGAGUCACCGGCAUCGUCGGCAACAGUUUGGCUGAGAUCUUGCCUCUUGCAGACACCCCAGGUGGGCCAUGGAAGGUUUAUGGGGUUGCCCGCCGUCCGCGGCCAAUUUGGCAGGCUGAUCAUCUCAUUGAAUACAUACAAUGUGAUGUCUCAAAUGAAGAGCAAACCCUUGAAAAGCUUUCUACUUUAAAAGAUACAACGCAUAUCUUUUUUGUAGCUUGGGCUAGUGAACCAACAGAAGCUGAAAAUUGCAUAGUGAAUGGAACGAUGUUGCGAAAUGUUCUGAGAGCAGUAAUCCCAAAUGCAGAAAAUUUGCAACAUGUUUGUUUGCAAACAGGAAGGAAGCACUAUGUGGGUUCUUUUGAGUCUAUUUGGAAGAUUCCUUCUCAUGAAUCUCCAUUUCAUGAGGAUCUUCCAAGGCUUAAUGACAUCAACUUCUAUUAUACACUUGAAGAUGUUCUAUUUGAUGAAACUCAAAAGAAAGAAGGAUUGACAUGGUCAAUACAUAGGCCUGGAGUGAUUUUUGGGUUCUCACCUUGUAGUUUGAUAAAUAUGGUGGGAACUUUAUGCGUUUAUGCAGCUAUAUGUAAGCAUCAAGGGCUACCAUUAACCUUUCCAGGCAAUCGAGAUGCAUGGGAUGGAUACUGGGAUGCAUCUGAUGCAGAUCUGAUCGCAGAGCAUCAGAUAUGGGCAGCAGUGGAUCCUUAUGCAAAGAAUGAAGCUUUCAAUUGCAGUAAUGGGGAUGUGUUCAAGUGGAAGCAUUUAUGGAAGGAAUUGGCUGAGCAAUUUGAGAUUGAGAAUUAUGGGUUUGAGGAAGAGAAUGACAAGAGACCAAGCCUAGUUGAGAUGAUGAAAAACAAGGGACCGGUGUGGGAUGAGAUUGUGAAAGAGAAAGAGUUGUUGCCUACUAGAUUGGAGGAAGUCGCAGCAUUCUGGCUUGUUGAUUUGCUUUUACAAGGGGCUUCACUCUUGGACUCCAUGAACAAGAGCAAAGAACAUGGAUUUCUGGGUUUCAGAAACUCAAAUAAAUCUUUUGCUUCUUGGAUUGACAAAUUAAAAGCUCAAAGAAUUGUUCCUUGAUGUAUAAGAUAGUGGAUUGGAGUUUCUUGAUUGUGUCGAGCUUCUUGUUCUGUUUGUGCUUGAUUUGUUCUUUUCAAUGAUAAAAAUGGAACUUCAGUUUCUUGAAACAAAAACUGAUUAGUGAUUUCUCGUGUAAUGAAUGCUAUGCGUUGUUAUCGUUGUUACAA